GUAGCCAUUUUGGCUCAAGCCAUUUUUUGCUCAAGGCAUUCUGGCGUAAGAUACUAUACGACAGCAGCAGGUUCAGUGAGGGUUCGUUCGGCACGAGUCUUUGUAGUUGAUGGUUGGCGUCUUGCGUACGGCGCCCGCGGGCGGAGCUGCAGAGGUCGCCUUGCCUUUCCGCGUACGGCUCGCGUACGUGCUGACAGCGCUCCUCUUCACAGCGUUGAUGGGAGGUGCAGUGUACGGGUGGUCGUCGAUGCGAGAGUUGCUGUUGCGCGACCAGGUGCUUUAUGAUCCCGAGGAGUGCGACAGCACAGCCCUUGGCGAGGUCUGCGAUUCCCAGGAGUUGUCGUACGGAGUGGUGUUCACCGUCGGGUCCUGGGCGAACCAGGGAGGCCGCUUGCUCGUCGGUAUUGUUCUCGACCGUCUUGGGCCACGCCGCACUUCAGCUGGUACCGUUGCGAUUUGCGGAAUCGGAGCUGCAGUAUUCGGACUGACAAGCUCUGAGACCGGCCUGCUAGCUGGUUUGUCACUCAUCGGUCUUGGCGGAGGUGGAGUGCUACUAUGCUUGCAGUCAACGUCGGCUUUGUUUCCUAAGAACCAUUCAUUGGUCAUGUCAAGCUUGAGCGGAUCUUUUCAGCUAGCCGCAGGCGUCUUCCUCAUUAUGGAAACUAUGCAUCGACUUGCACAGGUGUCGAAGCAGGCAUUGUUUCUCGGAUACUCAAUCGUACUGUUCAUUGUUUCCGGCAUGUGUCUCAUUAUAUGGCCGACUCUGCCUUUCGGCGUUACCCAGAAGCGUUCGAACAAGUCGAGGCCAGUGCUCCCGGUAGAGCACAAUAUUGAACGACCGGUCCUCAAAGAAAGGUGUUUCCGAGAACAAGUGCUGUCGCCAGAGUACCUAGUCAUUGUUGCCUACUUUGCUCUAGCUGCUCUUCAGGCACAGUUCAGUCUACAGAGUCUCGGAGUUCAGUUUCAGCUGAUGGGUUUCGACUCUGCAGAACUUGUUCUCAUAUUCAACGUGGUCUUCUCCUUCGCUUGGGCGGUCACACCACUAAUCGGACAUGCCAUCGACACAUGCGGCACAGUCAGAGUCCUGAUCUUCACGAACACAUUGCUGUUGUGUUGCCCUCUAUGCCUGAUGUCGCAGUUGUAUUCCAUGCAGCUUGUGUUUGCGUUCGCUUAUUCAAUAAGUCGCGUGAGCGUUUGGGCAUCGUUUUUUUCCUAUGUCGGGGCCGUUUUCGGAUUUUCCAACUACGGGAAGCUGGCUGGCGGUGGCCAGCUUUUCGCAGCAUGCGUGUCACUGCUCCAGAUGCCUCUGCUGCGCCUGACGCUCGUCCACUUCGGCCGAGACUUCACGUUCGUGAACAGUCUCUUCGUUUCAAUCUGCGUCGCCAUGUAUCCCUUGAUCGGUGCCCUGGAGGUCCUGCAGCGCCGGUCCCGCUGCGCCGCCGCCUGCCCGCCCAGCCGGGAGCCUCCGGCGCGCGGGCCGAGCGCCGUCGGGGACGGCGGCGGGGCCGCGCGGGGGGCGCGCGGGGACGCGCUCGGGGCUGCGGAGGUGAAGCUGGACAUGGGCACGCCUGUGCAGGGCGGUGGCCGGCUCGCAUCCGAGCCGCCCGUGCAGGGGAGCUGCACGCUGUGCUUCCCGAGCGUGCUGUUGAGCAGCUGAUCCGCACGCAGGGGCGAUGAUUUUCCAGCGGGGCCGCUGGGGCGACCCGUGCUGUGGAGCGACUUGCCACGGAUCCGUGCUCCGGAGCAGCCGAGCCGCGCGCAGCGGCGAUGAUUUUCCAGCGGGCCGCUGGGACGAUCCGUGCUGUGGAGCGAUUUUCCGCGGAUCCGUGCUGUGGAGCAGCCGAUCCGUGCGCAGGGGCGACGCCUCUCGCCAGCAGGGCGUCGCGCCCUCGAGCAGCUCGUUCUGCAGGGCGCGGUUACAGCACGGGGCCACCGUCACGAUCUGGGACCCGGAUUUCCUCAGGGUGUCCUUGGCCAGCGGAGCGGUGAUUUUCCAGCGGGCCCUACUGGGGCCCGAAUUAUCUAUCGUCCUGGAGGCUCGAAAGCCCUAUAUUCUCAAGAUGUCUCCAGGGCCAUACAAUGUGUCAACCGUUGGGUCCAUGAUCGCCCCAGCCUUUCCGCAGAAAGCCGCCUGAUGUCUCCCAUGUAGGCGACAAGUGUUAUUCGUUACGAUCCGGAUCUUUUUAAGCAUUUCAGAACUCGCGAGGUCUGACUAAUGUCAGAAUUAUCCUAUUAGGACGCCGACGGGGGCACUCGCGAUUGCAAGUGCUCAGCGGCGGCAUUGUGCAUCGGAGCCAUGACACAUCCGACCAGCUGUUAUAAUUUAUAAUUUUGAACUUAGAAUAACUGGUCGUCAGGGGAGCUCUAUGACUUAUAGCUUAUAAGUCAUAGAGCUCCCCUGGCGACCUGGUAGCUCCUUUGGUUUGCGUCUGUCUAGGGGGGCAGGAUUUGUCCGCCCAGGCCCAAUCAUUGCUGUCGCGCCUCAUUUCGCACACAAGUGUGUACCAGGUUGCUGACCUUCCUUGAUUCAUCGCUCCCGGAAAAAA